AUGAGUUCACCAACAACAACGCCCUCGGGAGAGGCGAUCGUUACCGAGGAUAAUAGCCGGCUCUCGGCAUACAUUCCAGUCUCGACGCUAGCCAUGACUUUCGAGAACCCUUCCUCUACCAGCCUCACCCUCCCUGCAGACCUUGAAACCCCUCAUCAUCACCCUCAUCACCCUGCACGUCCUCGAUCCACAAGAGCGCCCUCGGUGAUUUCCGAGAAGCAGGAGCUUGACGAUACGCUUAGCAAUGCUACCCGCAGCAACGUCACUCACGUUGGUGAGGAUGAGUAUGAAGAGCACGACGGCAAGUCUGUCAAGAACGGUGGUAGAGGGUCCAAGAUCGAGAGUUCGGCUAUUACCCACAAAACGGAGGAGAACUUGGAGGAUGGUGUGCUCGACAACUCGGAUAAUGCAUCGAUCAUCGACGGUCGGAUAGUCAACUACCCAGAGGGUGGCUUCGGCUGGUUGGUCGUCCUUGCUUCGUUCGUUGUCAACUUUUGGGCAUUCGCACCCAAUAUCACCUUCGGUGUCUACCAAGCCUACUUCCUCCAAGACGGUACGUUUCCAGGUGCGUUGCCAACAGAUAUCUCGUGGGUUGGCAGUAUUGGAACUGCGGCCAUGUUUAUCCCCGGCCCAUUUGUCGCACCCUUGACUCGUCUCUUGGGCCUCAAGGCCGUCGUCGCCAUCGGUAUCCUCCUCUGUUCUCUCGGCUUGAUCCUUGCCAGUUUCUUCACCCAACUCUGGCACCUCUAUCUCACCCAGGGCUUCCUCUUUGGAGUCGGCGGUGGUCUGGUCUUCUUCUCCUCCAUCUCUGUCACGGCCCAGUACUUUGAGAAGCGUCGUGGGCUGGCCAACGGUAUUGCGGUUGCUGGCUCGGGUGUUGGUGGCCUUUCGUUGGCGCCCUUGACGAGAUACUUGAUUGCCCAGGUUGGCAUUCGUUGGUGCCAGAGGAUUAUUGGUUUUGCGGUCUUGGGGUGCAUGUCGGCCGUGUUUGCGUUUAUCCGUCCUCGAGUCCAGGUUGCUAAGAAGGGCCCUAUCUUUGAUAUGUCGAUCAUGCGUGUUCCAGGAUUCAUGUACCUCAUGGCCACCGCCUUUAUCGUUACCUUUGGUUACAUGGUCCCAGUCUUCUUGAUCCCAACAUACUCCAACGUCGAACUCGGUCAAACCCCCGCAACAUCCGCCAACCUCAUCUCAAUCUUUUCCGGCAUCAAUGCCGCUUCCCGCAUCAUCCUCGGCGUCGCCGCCGACAAGCUCGGCAGAACAAACACUCUCUUCACCUGCUGCUUCCUCGCCGGCGCAUCCUGUCUCGCCAUCUGGUCCGUCGCAUCCAACAUCGAGAUCCUUACGGGUUUCAUGGUCGUCUAUGGACUCUUUGGUGGUGGAUUCAUCUCAAUCUUUCCUGUUGUUGUUGCUCAGGUGGUUGGUAUUGAACGCCUCUCGGCGGCAUUGGGGAUCUUGUAUUUCGGUAACGUGGUCGGUAACCUUUUGGGGGCCCCCAUUGCGACGGCGAUUAUGCAUGCCCAGGGUGGGAAGUACAUUGGUGCGAUUAUCUUUGCGGGUAUGUCGCCUGUUAUUGCGGCCUUCUUUGUGUUGGUCAUUCGCUUCCGUAUCAACAAGAACAUCUUGGCUAUUGCUUAA